AAUCCGCUGGGACGUAAUCCACAGUAUCUCACCCACUUUGAUGUCGUGUGAUACCUGAUUCUUUUACUACUGUCAAAUUUACACACCUGGAUUUAUAUAUAUAUAUACAUAUAUAUAUAUAUAUGUAUAUAUAUAUAAGUCAAGGCUUAACUUGUCUAAAUUUAAACCAAACUCCCCGCGGAGUCCAGCUGUGCAGCAAACACGUCGCUUCCUCUUUCAUCGCAAAUCGAGAGAGAGUGAAAACGUCUUUUACCCCACGGACGAAAUAACAAGUGGGCCGCCUCCGUCCUCCGCAGACGAGACGGACACAAGUCGCGAGCGGAGAGCACAGGGCUGUUUCUCUGUUCCUCACAUCUCCAACGACCAGAUAACCUCGGAGCAAAGACAUGCAGGUCCCCUUUUAUCUGGCGUUGCUGCUGUCGCCCGUCCUGACCUCGUCCCUGAAAACCCUGGACUCGGACCAGGAGCUGCAGGACAGCGGGUUCGGUCGGCCGCCGCCUCGCCACGGCCUGAAGCUGCUGGCGUGGUACGUCCAGCGCUGCCUGGACAACAACAUGGCGUCUCUGUGCGACCCCACGCGGGGCGAGUUCGGCUUCCACGUGUUCCUGAACCGAGGGCCCAGUCGCCUGCUCCCGCUGAUACGGGACAAGCGUCAGUACGGGUACCACACCGUCGGGAACCUCCACGCCCGUCACGCCGAGGACCUGCCGUACGAGGUCAAGAGGUAUUACAACCGCAGCGACCCCCAGAGCAACAUGGACAGAGUCCUGGUGCGAUACAACAACAACAACAGACACAUCGAACAGAUCUACGCCUCUGCACAUUAUAAUGCGACAGGGACGUUCAUAAUUGGCCCCGAUCUCGUCGCCUCGCUUCGACGGCCGACGGCCUUCGUCUACGCAGAGAUGUGGUGAAGUUCUGAUGCAAAAAUCUCUCUGUGACAACUUUGAUAUUCUUCACUCCUGAUGGAAUUUCAAACUAAUCUUUAAAAAACAAUCUUCAAUAACA